UCCAUCUAGCAUCUAUGUUUUCUUACAUCCAUGGUUUUCGAUCACUCAAAUCAGAAUAUAAACAUACGGAGUGAAAAUAUUCCGGUAUACACUUAAAAAUAACUUAUGUUUUAUAAAAUAAUAAUUAAACAAUAGUGAGAUACAGUAUUUUUUUUAAAAAGACAGCAUACCCGGUGAGAAAUAAGUGAAAGCUAUUUUCCAAUCUGGAAAUGUUUGAGAGUAUCAAUUAAUCGUUAAUUGUUAUUGACGCAAGCUAUCAGCAUUUUAUUGUCAAAUAUGAGUGACAAGCAGAAGGUCCUUAUUUGCGGUGACGUAGAAGGGCAUUUCAACUUUCUCUUCUCCAAAGUAGAGGCUGUCAACAAGAAAAGCGGUCCGUUCGAUUUCUUGUUGUGCGUCGGCAAUUUCUUCGGCGCGGACAACUCCGAAUUGGAGCUGUACAAGUCCGGAAAGAAAACCAUCCCCGUGCCGACGUACAUCAUCGGUCCCAACCGGGAGUCGAACCUGAAGGACUAUCUCGACGAGGAUGGGUAUGAGAUAUGCCAGAAUCUCACGUAUCUCGGAAAGCGUGGCCUGUACGUCGCCAGUUCUGGCCUCAAAAUAGUGUAUCUUAGCGGAAUCGAGAGAACCUCGCCGUCUGAGAACAAGACGGCCAUUCACUUCGACGAGAGCGACGUUGUGUCCAUCAGGAACAGCUGCCUGAAGGGCCAGCCGAGUUUUCGCGGCGUGGACAUCCUGCUGACGUCCCCAUGGCCAGAGGGCAUAACCAAUCUUGACGCCAACAAGCCAGAAUACAAGUACGAGGGUUCCAAGCUGAUCGCCUGGCUUGCUACUCACAUUAAACCCAGGUAUCACGUUUCCGCCUUGGAAGGGAUCUAUUACGAACGGCCGCCGUAUCGAAAUCAAAGCCAGGGCGAUGGAAACAUGGAAAUAGCUACUAGGUUCAUGGCGCUUGCGCCCGUGCUGAACGAGCAGAAGAAGAAAUGGUUGUACGCGUUGAACUUGACUCCUGUUGACAGAACCAGGCUGUCGGAUCUAGUUAUGCAAACGACAGACGAGACGUCAAGUCCGUAUCCCAAAUCCAUGCUGUCCGACGAUCCGACGAUGACCUCGCAGAAGCAGGCCCACACGCAAUUCUUCUACGACAUGGAUUCGAAAGAUCCCAACGAGAAGCGAUCGCGGCAUCAGAACAGCUCUAACAAGAAGGCAAAGCUAGAAUUCGACCAGUCAAAAUGCUGGUUCUGCUUAUCCAGUCCAGUGGUAUCCAAACACCUGGUGAUCUCCGUUGGCACAGAGAUCUAUUUGGCACUGGCGAAGGGUGGUCUAGUGGAAGAUCAUUUCUUAAUUCUACCGAUAACGCAUCAUCAGAGUCUAUCGAUUCUGCCGAAGAAUGUGAAAGAGGAGAUGGAUCUCUACAAGAAAGCCGUGGCCAAGUACUACGAGAGCACCGACAGAGUGCCAGUGUUCUUCGAGAGAAACUUCAAAACGUCCCACUGUCAAUUGCAAGCGGUACCUGUUCAUAAAAAUCAAGCACCUGCACUAAAGGAAAUGUUCGAGGAACUAGCCGAAUGUAACAAUUUCAAAAUAUCGGAGCUGCCAUCCCACACAGAUCUUCAACAGGUCGCUAAGCCCGGCAUUCUCUAUUUUUAUGCGGAAUUACCAGAUGAAGUAAUUUUGUACUAUAGGAUCAAGAAAGACUUCCCAUUGCAAUUUGGCAGAGAAGUAUUAGCAUCCGAUAGGAUAUUGGACAUCAACGACAGAUCUGACUGGAAAGAUUGUCAUAUGAGUCAGGAGGAAGAGACUGAGCUAGCAAAGAAAAUUAGAAAACAAUUUGCACCAUUUGAUAUAGAUACUUGAAAAUGUUUGUAUUAUUUAUGCGACAUAAACAUAAUAUACAAUAGUGUAUAUAUCUCUGUGGAAUAUGUAAUUAAAAUUUUAUAACUUAUUUUUAUUUUUAUUUUUAACGUUAUUAAAAAAUUAUACAUAGCUUAGAGAUAUAGGAAAUGCGGCAUUAUGGCACAGAAUCAUGGUAGAAAAAUUAAUUUUGUAUAAAAAUUAUUAACUAUUCUCUUCUAUUUUUGCUUGGUGCUUUAACUCAUAAUCAUUUGGAGUUGUCGACGGAUCUAAUCCAUAUUUUUUCAUUUGAACUGCGAUAUCGAGCAAGUAAUCGUAACAUUCUGUCCUGUAAAAAGAAAAAGAAACAUUUUGAAACAAAGAUUGUAAUAAAUAAAUUUUAUCUACGUCACAGAAAAA